UUCCAGCUCCUCGGUUUGAUGACGCUGCUCUCCACAGACUGUACUGUUCGUGGUUUUGGAGAUUUAAAGUUUAAGGUCCGGUCUCAGCUCCACAGGAGGCCCGUCCUCCACAAACCUUCCUCACAUUUUUCUCUGUGAAGAGGACCCCGAGUGCAGACAUCAUGGUUUUGGCAGAUUUAGGACGAAAAAUCACCUCGGCUCUGAGGUCGCUCAGCAACGCCACCAUCAUCAAUGAAGAGGUGUUGAAUGCGAUGCUGAAGGAGGUGUGCGCUGCCCUGCUGGAGGCUGACGUGAACAUCAAACUAGUCAAACAGCUGCGAGAGAACGUUAAGUCGGCUAUAGACCUGGAGGAGAUGGCAUCUGGUCUGAACAAACGGAGGAUGAUCCAACACGCUGUUUUCAAGGAGCUCGUCAAGUUGGUGGACCCUGGAGUGAAAGCCUGGACUCCGACCAAAGGAAAGAACAACGUGAUCAUGUUUGUGGGUCUACAGGGCAGCGGCAAAACCACCACCUGUUCCAAGUUGGCGUAUUAUUACCAGAGAAAAGGCUGGAAGACCUGUCUGAUCUGUGCAGACACCUUCAGAGCAGGAGCGUUCGAUCAGCUCAAACAGAACGCCACCAAAGCCCGGAUCCCCUUCUACGGCAGUUACACAGAGAUGGACCCUGUAGUGAUCGCAGCAGAGGGAGUGGAGAAGUUUAAAUCAGAAAACUUUGAGAUCAUCAUCGUGGACACGAGUGGACGCCACAAACAGGAGGACUCUCUGUUUGAGGAGAUGCUGCAGGUCUCCAACGCCGUGCAACCGGACAACAUCGUGUACGUGAUGGACGCCUCCAUCGGUCAGGCCUGUGAGGCUCAGGCCAAAGCCUUUAAGGACAAAGUGGACGUUGCAUCGGUCAUCGUCACCAAGCUGGAUGGGCACGCCAAAGGGGGUGGAGCUCUCAGCGCUGUGGCAGCCACUCGGUCUCCCAUUAUCUUCAUCGGUACUGGAGAACACAUCGACGACUUUGAGCCCUUCAAAACUCAGCCAUUCAUCAGCAAACUCCUGGGGAUGGGAGACAUCGAAGGGCUGAUUGACCGAGUCAACGAACUCAAACUGGACGACAACGAAGAACUCAUCGACAAACUCAAACACGGUCAGUUCACGCUCAGAGACAUGUAUGAACAGUUCCAGAACAUCAUGAAGAUGGGCCCCUUUGGACAGAUCAUGGGGAUGAUUCCAGGUUUUGGGACAGAUUUUAUGUCCAAAGGAAAUGAACAGGAGUCCAUGGCUCGCCUCAAGAAGCUCAUGACCAUCAUGGACAGUAUGAAUGACCAGGAGCUGGACAGUAAAGAUGGGGCUAAACUCUUCAGUAAACAGCCAAACAGAAUCCAGAGAGUGGCCCGAGGAUCUGGAGUGGCGACCAGAGACGUCCAAGAGCUCCUCACACAAUACACCAAGUUUGCCCAGAUGGUUAAGAAGAUGGGCGGCAUCAAGGGGCUAUUUAAAGGAGGAGACAUGUCGAAGAACGUGAACCCGUCUCAGAUGGCCAAACUCAACCAGCAGAUGGCCAAGAUGAUGGACCCCAGAGUGCUGCACCACAUGGGAGGAAUGGCCGGACUACAGUCCAUGAUGCGGCAGUUCCAGCAGGGCGCAGCGGGGAACAUGAAAGGCAUGAUGGGAUUCAACAACAUGUGACAUGCACAAAUACGGACUUCCUCUCAUGCUCAAAUAAAGACUAUACAGCCCGCCCACUCCCAGACAGGGGGCAGGGCCAGUAAACACUUUUAAAAACACUCUGGCAGCGUCGGACAGUUCGCUUUUUUAAUGAAGACGUUUGUUUAUUUAAUUGUGCUGCUUUGUUACACGGAGUGCUCUGAUUGGUCGACAGAGAAAAGAAAGGGUUCUGAUUGGUCAACAGAGAAAUGAAAAGGCUGAUUGGUUGACAGAUGAGGCUUGUUUGAACAGAGUGCUCUGAUUAGUCGAUGGUUAUUCACGAUCACAUAAAAUGGGGAUGUUAUUUGUGACAAUAUUUUGUCAAAAUAAACAUUUAUAUUCCAUCGUUUCACGUCAGUCUGUCAUUUUCACAAAAUCAUAAAAAUAUGAGAAAAAUCCAAAAACUGAAGUCUGAAAAAUACCCUUUUGGUUGAUUCUGGUGCAUUUGCACUACAGUAAUAUUAAAACACUGUACAUCCUCUGGUGUUAAAUGUUGUACUUUUAAUAUCAUUUAAACUGUAUUUUCGUCUGAAUGUGUCCUGCAGUUUAACUUUGGCUCAAGUGACCAUUUUGAUCUCACAGGGUUUUUCACUUGCUUAAAUAAAUGUACACCGUCCCUGUCGUCUGAAUAAAUUAAAAAAAAGUUGU